AUGGCCGACAGUGUCCUUCCUACCAACAACGAAGGUCCGGACGGCGACUACCAACACACCCAUACUGUCCUUACCACCACCGGUCCUGUUGGAGAAGCAGGACUUCCACCAUCACGUCCCCACACCUCGAACACGGCCAGCUCACAUUACCGCACACGAUCCGCCGCUCGCGUAGGCUCUCCCGUGCCAUCCUUGGGUGGUCGCGGUAGUGGCAGCUAUCAGAACGACUCUUCUCGCCGCACCCAUGUUCCAAACCUUAUAUCGAGCGCGUUCCUUCCAACCAGUCCGAGACGUAACGAGACGCAAUCUCCGCCGCCCACGAGUCCGCAAAACCCGCAACUUCCCAUCGCAAGACCGAGUACCGACAGCGGUCGCAGAACUCACCGUUCCCGCAAUAGCAAUGCGUCGAUCGUGACUCUUGAGCAGAGCAACAGGCCUCGAAUUGACCCGGACGCUCCUCCCUUGCCCACUUCCCGAGGAACUGCAACCACAAACUACGAGUUCAAUAGAGAUUUGCAACCAUUCGGCAGUGCCAAAAGUCAAGAGAGUCAAUAUCCCUUGCGGAAGCCGCCUGCACUCGAUAUAGACGGUACCACUAGAUCCGUCUCUUCGCUGCAAGCACAAAAGUCGCCCAUCUCUCUGCGUCCUUCAUGGAGCCGUCAGAGUCGUUCGAGCAGGGCCAAUGGCAGAAGCGCCGAUAGAGACGGCCACGAGAAGUUGCCCUCUGUGCCACCUUCACCUGCAANNACCACCCGGCUACUCCUGCCACCCAGGGCUACAAGCCGACUANCCGACGGAAAAAACUACCAAUACUUCAAUGGCAAUGCCGUCUUCUUUCUCCGUGGCAGACUUAUUAAUACUCGGCAGCGGCCGCUUAAUGUCUUUACUGCACUCCUUGCUGUCAUCCCUGCUGCUUUGUUCUUUGGCUUCUCUGCUCCAUGGCUAUGGCACCACGUUUCUCCGGCGAUACCCAUCCUUUUUGCCUAUGUCUUCUUCAUCUGUAUAUCUUCUUACCUUCACGCAUCCUUCUCCGAACCCGGGAUUAUCCCACGUAAUCUUCAUCCUCAACCACCUACUCCAGCGGACGAAGAUCCGCUAGCUAUCGGACCGUCCACCACAGAAUGGGUUACUGUUAGAUCCUUUGGCCCAUCUGCAGGUGGUAAUGGUACUACCGCCAUGGAAGUUCCCAUCAAGUUUUGCAAAUCGUGCAACAUCUGGCGGCCUCCACGUGCUCACCACUGUCGCAUUUGUGACUCGUGUAUCGAGACCCAGGAUCACCAUUGUGUUUGGCUCAAUAACUGUGUGGGCCGGCGCAACUACCGCUAUUUCCUUACAUUUGUCGCUUCCGGCACAGUCUUGGGCCUGUUCUUACUCGCAGCCAGUCUUACCCAUAUUCUUGUGUGGAUGAAGCGGAACCACUCGGACUUUGGGCACGCUCUCAACGUCUGGCGUGUUCCAGCUGCCAUGUGUGUGUACUCUUUCCUCAUCCUUACAUAUCCUAUGAGUCUCUGGGGUUACCAUCUCUUCCUCAUGGGCAGGGGUGAGACAACCAGAGAAUAUCUCAACAGUCACAAGUUUCAGAAGAAGGAUCGCCAUCGUCCAUUCAGCCAGCACUCAAUCUUCGCAAAUUGGUCCAGUGUCUUCACGAGGCCUCGUCCACCGACAUAUAUGCAGUUCAGACACCGUCACGAGGAAGGCGAUCAACGCCUUGGGGAGCGUCGGUCCAGAAUUGCCAAGCAGUCAGAAAAGCAGGGCGAUAUGGAGAUGAGCGAGAUCAAGAGCGGGACUGCUAACAGCAAUGUUGGUGGUUACCAAGGACAGCGAACCUUGACUCCGAUCAACAACACACCUAGGAGGUGA